AUGGCUGCCACGAGGAUGGACUGGAAGAUUAGAUUGUACGGGAUCGUGUGGCUGCUGACGGUGGCAACGGUUCGAUGUCAGGCAACGGGUCACGAGAAUGGCGAGGGCGACGGAAAUGCCGAGGACUCCGUGCUGGACGAGACGACCGAGGACUAUUGGGCCGGAAGUGGAUCUGGUCCGGAGGAGGACGAUGCGCUUCAUAACGAGACGAGAGAAGCUUUGACUCACGAGGCCAGCGACCAUGAUGCCGUGGUGUACGUUGGAGAGGGUGCAGCCUACGUGCCAGUACCGUCGUUGAAAGGGAGACCAUUGAGCCCGAAUCUUCAGGCUCUUCAGACUCUACAGGGCCUGCAAGGGAUAGCUGGCAGCGGGGGUACUGGAGUGGUCGGCGAUGAAGAUUGGAAGAGGCAUCCGGAGACCUGGGAUCGGGAACACAGGAGAUACAGGCCUAACACCACUCGAGUUCAACAUAUCGAGGCGGAGUGCCAGGACGAUUACAUGAAGAUCAGGAUUGGUUUCAACGGUUCCUUCACCGGACUGCUCUACUCGGCGGGUUACUCCUACGAUCCGGACUGCAUGUACGUGAACGGGACAGGCCGUGACUACUACGAGUUCUACAUUCAACUGAAUCGCUGCGGCACCCUCGGCGAGAACACUCAUCAUCAGGACAGCCGAAAGAAUCCUACGAAAAACCUGAUGUGGAACACGGUCACGGUGCAGUAUAAUCCGCUAAUCGAGGAGGAGUUCGAUGAACACUUCAAAGUGACUUGCGAAUACGGAUACGACUUCUGGAAAACCGUCACCUUCCCAUUCCUCGACGUCGAAGUCGCGACGGGGAAUCCCGUAGUGUUCACCCUGCAGCCACCGGAGUGCUACAUGGAAAUCAGAUACGGUUACGGGACCACUGGAACUAGAGUGGCUGGACCAGUUCGCGUCGGCGAUCCCCUGACUCUCAUUAUCUACAUGCGCAGCAAAUACGACGGUUUUGAUAUCGUCGUGAACGACUGUUAUGCACACAAUGGAGGAAAUAAGAGAAUUCAACUGAUCGAUCAGUAUGGCUGCCCUGUCGAUGAUAAACUGAUCAGCAGAUUCCGUGGAUCCUGGUCGGAGAGUGGUCUCUUUGAGACGCAAGUUUUUGCCUACAUGAAAACGUUCAGGUUUACUGGCUCGCCGGCGUUGUAUAUCGAGUGCGAUGUAAGAAUGUGCCACGGGAGAUGUCCGAGCCAACCGUGUCAUUGGAGAAAUGCCAAGAACGUGGCUAAGCGUUCUUUGCCAGAAAUUGGAGGCCCGUCGACACCGGCGACGAGUUUGUCAGAGAACGUCAAUCUUUUCCAAUCGUUACGCGUGCUUCAGGAAGGCGAGGCGGACACGGAAUUCUUCCAGAAUUCUACUACGGCAUUCCGAAGCGGGCUCAGUGAACCAACGAGUGAUAGAGUGUGCCUUAGAUCGACGGUCCUCAGUACGAUAAUAGGAAUUGGGUGCGGUUUCCUUUGCAUAAUGGCAGGGACGAUAUUGGCAAUGUGUUCGCGACUCCGACGACAGGCUAGGGAAAAGUUACUCUCUGACAGCAUAAGUUACAUGACUCACAAGGGUAGAAUUAACUAAACGCGACCUCUUUGAACGUACAAGCGAGUUUCCUCUUUUCUCUUCUUCUUCGAGGCGCUUCCGUCGAUAUAGGUAUAUCGAUGGAAUCACCGAAGAAAUAUCCUCUGUUGGUAAUGCGAGAACGAUCACCGCGUUUGCAGAGAGCAAUGUGAUCGGUGGAUGGAUAUCUAGCCAGGAAUAUGCUUAGUCGAUAAAAUCGGUAUUUU